AUGACUGCUCCGUGGAGUAUCGAAGAUGACAUUCGUCUGUUUCGGUGGAUUACGGAGUUCAAGCCAGCUGGCGUCCACAAGCACUUCCACAUGAUUAGCAUCCUUGAACGAAUGAACAAACAGGACCAGUUCCCCGUUGUAUUAUUGUUUGAUAAGCUCAAAAGCGAAGGUAAGGGCCAAUUUACUGCCAAAGAAAUAUGGGCGAAAUUGGAUCAGCAUUACGAUCUUAAACAAUUAGAUGACAGAGAAAACAAUGCCAUUGAGGAAGAAUCCUCCGAAGAAGCUGCAGAGAAUACCGAAGAGCCGUUUUGCAAAUCCAAAUUCCAGGCACUUCGACGCGUCCUCAGGAAACCUCGAGAAUUUCAUUUGCCUUGGGAUGAGUACGGAGAAUUGAUUCUCGAAAACGCCCGCGGCGCUCUGGAAGAUAACCUGGAAGACGAUGACCACAGGUCUGGUGGCGAUGAGGAUCGUGAGGCACAGCCUGGGCAUAGGGCCCCAGAAUCAAUUCCCCCGCCCGAGAGAACCUCGAGGAGGGUCACGCGCUCUGCAGCGUCCGGACAGGCUACGGGAAGGGUCACUCGAUCUCAGGGUCCCGGUGGGACCCUGGAUGCAGCUGGUGAGCUAACCCAUGACGAAGACCUGGCAGAUUCGGAAAAAAGCAGUGGAAAUUCCAACGAUGAGGCUGUGGAAAGUGAGGAACAAGAAGAUCCCGAUGUGCGAAUGAGCGAGCCAGACGAGGGUGUGGUGGAAAUCGAAAAGCAGAGUGCAAAAAAUACAGGAUCAAAGCCCGACAGUGUAUCUCCGCUAACCACCACCUCCAAACCGACUCCAGAGCCUUCGCCUCAAGAGCCAGCGACGACUUCGGAGCCGCAUGGGCCGCCGAGCCACGAAUCCCCGCCUUCGAAGAGGACCAGGACUACACGAAGUCAUCAGUCGGACGUCACUACCGAAACGGCCGAAAACGCAAAUCCACCAGAAGGUGCAUCGGCGACUCCGGCUGCCAGGUCAAGCUCGCGGGUGGCAAACCGACGCAAAUCUAGAAAAUAA